AUGUUCCUGCAACGCGCCGUCCGGACGCAAUGGCACGUCUCUAAGAGCAUGGCGCGCCUGGCCGUGGCGAGAGCCGCUGGCGUCUACCCCUCCAGGCAAUUCCACGACACGCGGCAUCUGAGGGUCGUCAAGCCCGUCCUGCUGGCGGAUAUUGGUGAAGGCAUCGUGGAAUGCGAAAUUAUUCAGUGGUUUGUCGAGCCCGGCGCUCGCGUCGAGGAGUUCUCUCCGCUGUGCGAGGUCCAGAGCGACAAGGCCUCGGUGGAGAUUACCAGUCGAUUCUCGGGCGUCGUCAAGAAGCUGCACUACGACGCCGGCGACAUGGCAAAGGUCGGCAGGCCCUUUGUCGACAUCGAUAUACAAGGCGGAGCCAAGAAGGAGGAUCUCGAUGCGCUGACGGCGCCGACGGAGCCGGCGGGGGAGAGGCCUGCGCAGAAACAGCAGCAGCAGGCAGAAAAACAACAGGGAGAGCGGACACAAGAGCAGCCGAGACAAGAGCCGACGGUCACCGCGCCUACGGGUGCCGGUUCACCGGAAGCUCCGCGGCCACCAAAGGGCACGCACGCCGCCCUCGCUACGCCAGCGGUGCGGCACCUCACCAAGACAUUGAAUGUGAACAUCGCGGAUAUAGAUGGCACGGGAAGAGAUGGCAGAGUCCUCAAGGAAGACGUCCAAAACUUUGUCAAACGCCGCGAAUCAGGGCACAAGUCGGCGGCGUCACCGGCCCCGUCUUCCGGCGGGGAACCCACUCCGGGGCCCGCCUCCGCUGUGCAGCUCGAGACCCGCGUCCCACUCACAAACACCCAGCAGCAAAUGUUCAAGUCGAUGACGCGCUCGCUCACGAUCCCGCACUUCCUCUACGCCGACGAGAUUGACUUCUCCAGCCUCGUGCAGCUGCGCACCCGCCUCAAUCGCGUCCUCGCUACGUCCCCCGAGGUGGGCGGUGGCGAGACCGGCGUCGUGAAGCUCUCGUACCUCCCCUUCAUCAUCAAGGCCGUCUCCAUGGCACUCUAUCAGUUCCCCAUCCUCAACGCGCGCGUCGAUCUCGAUCCUUCAUCCUCGAAACCCUCCCUCGUCAUGCGUAGCCAGCACAAUAUCGGCGUCGCCAUGGACACCCCGCAGGGCCUCCUGGUACCCGUGAUCCGCAACGUCGGGUCGCUCAACAUCCUCUCCAUCGCCUCCGAGGUGGCGCGGCUGCAGAAGGCCGCCUUUGCGGGCAAGCUGACACCGGCGGACCUCGGCGGUGGCACCAUCACCGUCUCCAACAUCGGCAACAUCGGCGGGACCUACCUGUCGCCUGUCAUCGUCGACAAGGAGGUCGCAAUCCUCGGCAUCGGCCGCAUGCGCGCCGUGCCGGCGUUCGAGGGGGAGGACUCGGACAGGGUGGUUAGGAAGCACGUAUGCAACUUCAGCUGGAGCGCGGACCAUCGCGUGGUAGACGGCGCGACCAUGGCGCGGGCCGCCGAGGUGGUGCGGAGGGUUGUGGAGGAGCCCGACGUCAUGGUCAUGCACCUCCGAUAA